AUGGAUAGCCUUACAAAUUUAGAUUUAACAGGCAGAUAUAAAUGUCCACAUGAAAACUGUGAAAAAAAAUAUAAACAAUUCCACCGGCUAAAAAGACAUCUGAAAGAAAAGCAUAAUACUAGUAUUAACAUUAAUCCUCCACAACAUACUUCCAGCAACAGUUCAUCUUAUUAUGGAGUGUUUAAUGUAGCAUCAGCUUUCGUGAAAGUAUGUCUUCUUUUCAGGGAUACAGAGGAUGCAUAUAAAAUGGGAGAUGGAAACAGACUGAUCAGAUAUGCUAAGUAUAAAAUGCUUCAUUUUUAUCAAGGGCAUCAUAUUAAAUACAGGUUAUGGAUGUGGAGGGUUCUUGCAUACUACAUAUCUAUCUUGUCUGAAAAGGAAGCCUAUGAAUACAAAAGGAACAUGUCUUUUAACAUGGGUCGAGGUGUUGGUCACCUUAUACCGAAUGACAAUUUGGUUGAAAUUAACGUUCAUUUGUUGAAAGACCAAAGUAGGAAAAUGGGAGCAAACAUAACAUUUGAAGGAUGUAGAAGAUGGGUUAAAUGCUUAGAAUAUUUACGUGAUCUGUGUGAUGUUUAUGACAAGGCCACAAGUAAACAUGGGAAGAGUGGUAAGCAUGCCAAAGCAAAGAGAGAGUCUGAUAUAACUUUUGUUGUUGAUGCGGCAAACAUCUUUAAUUUCACAGUUGGACGUGAACAUGCAUCUUUUGUCAAUUUCAGCAGUGACUUGCUUACAUCACUUAAUUUCUGA